AGCCCGCGGAUUACAAAAUUUGCAAAUAGACGGCAAAGUAUAAUAGUGAAAAAAACAAUAAAUUAAUUAAGGUUCACUUGCAGUUUUGGUGUCGAUGUUGUGCUGAAGGUUACGGUAAGGUCCUGUCGAAAUAAAGUUGUUAAGAAACGCAGCAGAAGCAUCGGCUAUACUACGGCUAAACAGAAGACAGCUGCGUUGUGUUUGUAGCGGCUGUAGCAAAUGGCUAACUAGCCAAGCAGAGGACAGGGGAGCUAGCUAACGUUACCUUGUCAACUAGCGUCAACUAACCGCACUGGCUAUAGUUUGUCCUCAAACGUCUUUCCUCCGAGUUGAGGUGAGUAUUUUGUUCUGACUAACUUCCAAUUCAAAUACUAUUACUGCAGUAUAGUCUUAUUCCUUAAAAGUUUUCUUUGUCAAGUGAGACACUUGGUCGUGUUGUGAAGUUCUGCUGAUACAGUCACAAUGCUCCAGUCGAUCAUCUCCCUACAUCCUAUGCUUGGUUUUGUGAAUUCCAGCAGCAAAAUGUCGGUGUCGAGUGAGGGUCGUUUUUGGUUGAGCCAGGGCAUCAAAAGUAACGUUAGGGGAGCCACAAUCUGUGUCAUCCCCGACAUGUCAUCUGAUCUCCACGAAGAUGAGUUUGAUCUGAAUAAAUCCUACCCAUGUUGUCAGACACCACUGCACAAAAAGAAUCUUUUGGCACUGCAACAGCGAUAUUAUCCUGGUUCCUUGACAGGAGAACAUUUGGAUGGUCGUGGUUCUGUAGCAACAAGAAACUAUCAAAUCUGUAGUUUGCAUCCUUCCACCUCCUCCCUGCCACACCCAUCAACUGUUUCAGAGAAAGAGGAAUACCUGUUCAAUCAACUCAUCUCUGGAACUUAUGGAUUGCCAAGGUCUCCAGCUUCCCUCAGCCCAAACAAAGUCAUUCUUACUGUUGACAGUAAAACCAGAGAGAUUCUAUCAGUCAGUGAACAGACCUGCAAACUGUUUGAUUGCACCUCUGAUCAGCUAAUUGGAAAGAAACUGUCACACAUCUUGAAACAAACCAGACAGGUUCUGGAAGAAGUUUUGGAAGAAGAGUUUCUGCUUGUGGAUGGAACUGUUGCAGCUGUGUCAGGAAAAGUGGUGGAUAUUGUGACGCUGUCUGGAGAGAUGCCUGUAUCUGUGUGUACCUACAGUCAGUCACAAAAUGACACCUUGCAUGUCCUAAUAGAGAAUCUCGAAAGGAUGUCAGCCUUUCUGUCAUUUUCUCAAGAUGGCAGCAUCCUAAGCUGUGACUUGGCAUUUGCCCAUCUCUUUGGAUACAGCCAUCCUGAUGAGUUAAAUGGGGUUCAUGUGAAGGAUCUAAUCCCCUCUUUACAAAUCCAUCCCCACAGUCACGCAUUGCCCAAAAUGCUGAGGGUUCAAAGAGCGUGCGGUAAAAGCAGAGGGGGUGUAUCUAUCCCACUGUGCAUUAAACUUCAGGGGGCAGUGUUAUGUGGAAAACCUCAAGUACAGGAUAAUGGAGCUUGUUGCACCUCCUCAGCAGGUAGUCCUGACUUCAAGUUACAGAAUGGAAAAGAGCCAUUCUCUGAAGUCAAAUUGGACAGUUCUGCCAUCUCCACCAGCCCUUCACUGGAGUAUACUGGAACAGUUUGGGCCUUUGCUCCUGUGACUGAUCUCCUCCUCCUCCACCCUGAUGGUUCAGUCCUCAACAUCCACAACCACCUGGCUCUCAGUCUGUUUGGCUACAGCAAGGAUGAGCUGUUGGGAAAGAGCGUCACUUUUCUGAUGCCCGGUUUCUACGGGUGGAUGUCCAACACAGACAAAAAGGCCAGUGCCUUCCCUGAUUCUGAAGAAGAGGCAGCUAAAAGUUCAUCAUCAUCCAAAAUAUCAAGGAAAUCUGACCCUUCUUCACUGGUGGCAGGUGACAUGGCCAUGGUUCAACAAGCAGUCCUGGGGAGAACCUCAACAGGAAGAGGCAGGAUCUUCACUGGAACGAGCACCAGGCUGGAACAACAGGGCAGCGCUCUGUCCACUCUCUCUCCUCCUGCUGUUACGUCCACACGUGUGAUUAUGGCUGAUGACACCGCAGAGUUGAUGGAGGAGGCAGCGCACGUUGCUCCUUGCAGCAGUCACUUAUCCAGUGCAGACACCACUCAGGCACUUCUCCAGACAUUCGCCCUGGUGGAACCUCCAGAUGAGGACACCUACUGCCUCAUUUCCACCAAAACGUCCUACCACAAUGAAAAACAGCAGCAGCUCUGCAAUGUGGUUCAGAAAAAUAAUGAUCCUGUCAUAGAAGUUGUUCCAGAAUCUCCAGCAAAGGCUAAACAUGCCCCUGCCAGCCAGAAAAGUGCCACCCUCCCUCUAGUGGGCAAAGACAGCAGCUCAUGUCCCUCUGUCCUCCAAGACUCGAGCUUUGAAGUGAUUUCUCUGGAGAGCAGGUCUUCAUCUGGUUUUUGUGAGAAAUUUGCCGGUCAUGCAGGAUCUGAUCCAGGCCAGCCAGAGGACUCGAGUUCAGCAGUUGUCAUGGAUUCAGCUAGCUGUUUCCUGGACCUGAACAGUAAUGGUGAACUGGUGACCCGGGCUCUCGCUGACCUCGAUUUGAAUGAUAGCGUAGAGCUGUUGAAUGGCAGAGAGCACAAUGACGAUAACCAACGCUCCAUGAUAUCCUGCGAUACAGCUGAGCUGCUGCGCACCCCGUCUCCAUGUGUGCUCGGAUUUGAGGAGGAAGCGCAUCCAGUUGAGACAGAAAAUGCAGCUGUAGAUACAAGAAAUGCCUCACGUGAAGAGCAGCAGGAUCAGUUGGCAGGUGUCUCCUCAGUUAAUAAAGGGAAGAGCCAGGAAUUCAGCAUGCAAAUGAAUGGGGGGAUUCAGCCUCUGACAGACAUUCACAUCACAUCAACACCUAAGAAACAAAAGCUGAAUGGACACAGUCCGUCUCCAGAUACUACACAGAUAGUGGAAGGCCGAUAUGAAGGAAGUGCCUACCACAGAGAUGGCACAAGAGUAGAUGUGCAGUGUGAUGUUUGUAGGGCUAAUCUACCUGAAGGACGCUUUAUGUUUUGUGUAUGGAUGAGUAGGCCUGGACACCUGAGGACAAUGAUGCAGACAGAUCAAUUUCUGCAUAAUGAAUCAGGAGCCAGUUUAGGAGAGAGGAUUGGUGAAGCCACUCGUGGGGAUGCACGACGAUCCACUAUGGACCUUGAACACUCUCGAGCUUGUGAUGGACAGUUUGAAGAAGAGUACCAGACUGUCAAAGCUGUGGGUAGAGGAGCCUUUGGCUUUGUCUGGAAGGCAAUUAGACGCUCUGAUGGGCAAGAAGUGGUGGUGAAGUUCAUUUGCAAGGCCAGAGUAGUGGGUGACUGUUGGGUGGAGGACCCCAUGCUGGGAAGAGUCAGCCAGGAGAUUGCCAUACUGACUCGAGUACAGCACCACAAUAUUGUCAAGGUGCUGGAGGUGUUUGAGAAUGGGAGUUAUUUUCAGAUGGUGAUGGAGAAACAUGGAGAUGGUCUGGACCUGUUUGAAUUCAUAGACAUGCAGCCAAGACUGGAUGAGCCCCUGGCUAGCUAUAUAUUUAGACAGCUGGUGGCAGCUGUGUUUUACCUGAGGACUAAGAACAUCCUUCACAGGGACAUAAAAGACGAGAACAUCAUCAUUGACAGGUGUUUCCACAUUCGCCUCAUCGACUUUGGCUCUGCUGCCAUGAUGGCUCCGGGAAAGCUCUUUUACAAUUUCUGUGGCACCCUCGAGUACUGCUCCCCAGAGGUGCUUCAGGGAAAUCCGUAUGAAGGCCCAGAGCUGGAGAUGUGGUCUAUUGGGGUUUUGCUCUACACUCUGCUGUUCAGUGAAAACCCUUUCUGUGGUGUGGAGGAGAUUUUGAAUGCCAAACUGAAGCCCCCAUACCCUGUUUCUCCAGAGCUGCAUGAUGUGUUAUCUGGAUUGCUGCAUCCUGAUGCUACCCAGAGGAUGACUCUGGACCAGCUUCUGCUUCAGCCCUGGAUCAGCCAGCCAAUUUCCCUGUCAGAGUAUAGCUGGGUAGAGGUGGUCCCUGCAACCCAGAACGACUGUUCACCACAACACCCAGAAGCACGUCCUAAAGAGUAUCUUGGGGAAGGCCUAUUUCCAGAUUACGGCGAUGAGACUCUUCCUGAUGAUGAUGAUGAUGAUGAUGAAGAGGAGGAUUACGAUGAGAGGUUGGCUCUGGAAACUGAGCUCCAGAAGUAUCUCCAUGAUGAUUAAAGACUAAAUGUAAUUGUAGUAGAAGCCGUCCAUAAGUCCAACAAAAAGGACAUGAAGAGUAGAAUAUGAAAAGGAAGCUUGGUUUUGCUGUUUCUCUAUGUCUUAUAGAGGAAAGUGUAGGAUUUAGGUAUACUGAGCUUACCAAGUGUAGUGAAUAUCAUUGCCAUGCUGCUGGGUUGGUCAAAAUGUGCUGUUGGAUCCAAUGUCGCUAAAAGCAGCACAAAAGGAAAACUAUUAUCUUGUACCAGCAUUUGUAAUAGCUGUAGUUUGUUUUUAAUCCAUCUUAUUUAUUUCUUAUAUAUGAAGUGUCAGAAUCAUAGGUUCAAGGGUAUAGAGCUUUGUUGCCUGAAGAAAUAAGUGCCCACAACUUUGAAUACCUCAGACCUUUAAACUCAAAGGGAAAAUUUAUUAUCAGAUCUGUUUGUUUUUGUUUUUGUUUUGUUUUUUUAUCCCUUUUAGUUCUUACUAUAUGCAUGAUUUCAAUGUAAAAUAUAAGUAUAUUUACAAUAUUUUAUGUAUUUAUUUUUACACGUAAAUAAAUAUUUUAUGAAACCUGUGUUCUUCA